AUGAAGAAGAUAGGCGUGUUAAAUGAAGCCCUUGAGGGUGCUUCAGAGGAGCUCAACUCGGCCUGUGCAAGAUCUCUUUCUGCAACCAAAGAUACCUUGGGAAACAUGGCGUCCAAACUGGACGAUCAAUUGACUUCAAAAGGACAGCAAUAUGCAGAUAUUGGUUCUUCCAUGAAGGGCUUAGAAGAACGUGGGGUUGAACUUCAUGAUUCAAAGGUAGGUGAUCGCUCGUUCUUCUUGAAGUAUCACAAUGUCUUCUGCCGCUAA